AUGUCGCGAACCUCUCUCUCCAUCUUAGCGCUCACAGAGUCCUGCAUUUCCAAAUUCGACAACCUUCUGGCGUCACAUAUUCCGGGCUCACAGCGCAUUGAAUCAUUGGAGAGUCGGCUAGCUGACUUUAACCUCUGGGCUGACAGUGUUGGCGCCUUAGCAAAGCCUGGCGCCUCGUUGGAUUCCAGACUUCAGGGUCGUGUAAACGAUCUCGCGUUGGUGAAAAACGUUCUUAUCAUGCUGGCUGACUCUCUGGACCAUUGCGCGGUCCUUGCUAAAGACAAAACGAGCUACGACGAAACAGACCAUCAAGAAGCUAUCCAAAACCUUGACUCUGCUAUUGAGAAUUUGGCUUUGAUCGGCGUGGCCAUCCGUCGAACGGGACAGGCAUUACGAAACCGCAGGGCCGACAAGACGUUCAAUCCGAACAAUCACCAAGAGUUAAGAACGCAUCUCGAAUGUAUAACUCGUCUUCGGCCGACAGAAGAAGCUCUUUUCCAUCAAGCAGAGAACGGUGAAUAUGUCACCAAUUUAGACAACUCCAAACUGUCCGAUAUUCAAAACCGCCUUGUCGAAGCAAACCUUAGACGAAGGCAUAAAUUUUUGGUAGCACAAAAACGCUCCAGAAUUCAGCAAAACGUGCAUAUACGUCCCUCAAUUCCUGGGGCUCCUUCAUCUGCAGGUAGUGUUCCAAAGGAAGAGCCUCUUGCGGAUAUACGGAACGCAGAUGCAGCCAAUAACUCAAAUCCGACAUCAUAUCCAAUUACCAGGGGCCAGGAAACCACAGCGCCAACGAUUUCAAGGUUUUCUCUUGCAUCAACAGCUGAAGAAACUCUUAAAUAUACUCCAGUUGCUAAAAAGUAUACUCCAAGCAUAACAAAAACGCAAAUCACACUCAUCGCCUCUGACAUCGAGUUCCCAAAAGCCCCUUCUAUCCCUUUGGGUCGAGAGAUUAUUAAAUGUCCCUCCUGUUGCCAGUCUCUACCAAUUGGAGUUUUCCAAAAUACCAAGCUAUGGAAGCAGCAUAUAGUUGAGGAUCUGUGUCCAUAUACUUGCAUUGCCGAGAACUGUCCUACUCCACAGCUUCUAUUCUGCACAAGAAAUGAAUGGGAAAGCCAUGUUCAAAAGACUCAUCUGCCCCGGUGGCAAUGUCCAUUUUGCGAAGAGCAAGAUGAAGAUUACUCGACCAUGGAGAGCAUGGGCAGCCACCUUCAGGAUGCCCACGGAGAUGAGCUCUUAUAUAACUCGCUCGCAACCCUUCUCUCUUGGUCUGCGGUACAAAGAAUGGGAAUAAAAUCCUGUCCUUUGUGUUCCUCCUGUGGACCCGAAGACUCGCCGGAACUUGUCGACCACGUUUUGCGACACGCCUAUGACUUUGCCUUCCGGGCACUCCCAUGGCCACAGCCUAUUGAGUAUGAUUUGAACAAAUUACCGGGCAGCUUCACCCUUCCAGAGGAUUCAGAUCAUAUAGAGGAUCUUCAACAUUGGAUCAAGGGGGCUGCGCACGAGAGCGUGGGACCUCCAGCUAUACAACUGAGCGAUUACGACAUAGAGGAUCACUCCGUCACACUUCCUACCAAUCUCUUCGAGUACAGCGACUAUUUCUUCACGAACAAAUACUUUGAUGACCAAUCUGAGGAUGGGUCUUUCAAGCCACAGAUUGAUCAAAGCAAUACUUCCGAUUAUUCCACGAAGUCCGCUCACGCACACAUCAGGUAUACUCUGUCGCUUUUUCAGCUGACAGACCACCCUGUUUCUACCAAUUCUUCCGAAUACAGUGUCAACUUUCGUAAGAGUUCGUAUUCCGAAGAUAAAUUUGAGGAUGGGUCUUCACAAUUUCAUCAAAGCAACGUUUCCGAUCAUUACGUGCCCGCUGACGCACACAUCAGGUAUACUCUGUCGCUUUCUCGGCUGAUAGACCACCCUGUUUCUACCAAUUCUUCUCAAGACAUUGACAGUGCCAAAUCUGCCAUGUUUCCAUAUUUCGAAGACAUUGGCGACGAAUUAGAGGAUGGGUCUUCACAGUUAGAUCAAAGCGAUGCCUCCGAUCAUUCCGCCAUGCUCGCUGACGCGCACAUCAGGUGGACUAUGUCGCUUUCUCAGCUGACAGACGACAGUUAG